GCGCCCGGGCAGGGCAUGUCCGCUGUAAAAUGGCUCCGGGUGCGCCCAACCAGGACGUGUGUCCCUGACUUCUUCAACAUCAUCUUCUUGCCUUACAUCAACUUGUGGACAACCCUGUCACAUUUAAAAGACAUGGCUUCGUCGAAUUAUUCCUUGAAGGUCAACAGAGAGCUGUUGGACCCUAACUUUGAAAGUUACAGGUUAUCUCUGGACGCAAUACCAACGUACAACGUUGAGCUGGAUGCUGCUGUGGAGGAAGUGAAAUUGAAGGAUACUCAGUACACCCUGGAACAUGUGCGGGCUUUUGGCAUGUACAAUUACCUCCACCUAGACCCUUGGUAUGAAGACAGUGUUUUGUUUGUGGACUGCAAAGGAAGGGUUCUCAGUCUCACCGUCACCCUGGACACCGCCCUGUGUAAGCCAAGAGAGGUGUACCGUAUAACCCCUGACUCCAGCCGGUGUGAGGAUCGCCUUUGUGCGUCCCUCAGCUUCACCUCAGCGACCUGGGUGGCACUCUCUGAUGGUGCCGGCCGACUGCACCUUCUCCGAACCGGCAAGAGGGGAGACAGCUCGCAUGUGAAGUGGGAACCACUGUUUAGUGAAGACAUGGAGGAGCCUUUCACCAUCCUCCACAGCAUCUCACAUGUCCAGGAUGGAGUCCACACCAUGGAGGUCCUGCUGCUCCGCAUCAAGAAAGACCCACAGGAAACUAAAGGGAGUGGUUUCUCAGUGUCUCUUGAGUGGAUCACAGUCGCCAACACUGCAGGACAUGGUCAGGAGAAGAAGUAUGAGGUAAAGAAGAGGAGGGCCCUCAGGGGGAAGUCGGUGCCUCACUACGCAGCGGUGGAGCCACAAGGGAAGGGGUUAAUGGUGGCCUCGGAGAAACCGUUUGCCUUCACACAUGUGGACGGGCGUCCUGUGGAGCUGCCUGACCCAGAGCCCAUGGAGGUGGAGAAGACAGAUCCCAUUUACUUCUGGCAGCAGACAGAGGAGGACAUCACGGUGUGUGUGCGCAUGCCUGAGGGUGUCACCAAAGAGGAGGUGCAGUUCAGGCUGACGGCAGACAACAUCAGGCUUGGAGUUCAGGGUUUCCCUCCUUUACUGGAGGGCCAGCUGUUUGCAUCUGUAGACCCAGAGGCCAGCGCCUGGAUCAUCAAAAAUGACAAAAGCCUGGAGGUGACCCUGCAGAAGCGCACUGAGGGACCGAUGUGGUCGGAGCUGGUGAUGGGUGACAAGAGAGGGGAGAACGUGAUGAGCGACGAGCAAGCUGCCCUCAUCCACGAGAGACUGACAUUCCUCACCUCUGAAGACUUGAACGGAAACCCUGACAGCGACAAGCCCCCUUGUAACUCUCAGGAGCUGGAGGACUGUGAUGGGUUCCCAGAAGACAGCUCCAGCCUCACACACUUUGAUGGAGAAUCACUCAAGCCCACUAAGGUGGUGAAUCUAGGCAGCCAUCAGUAUCUGUUCACAGUUGAUGGGAACCCCUCUGAAAUGCCAUGCUUCUGCCUCAGACAUGAUGUGGACGCUCUGGUGUGGCAGCCUCGUCCCGACCAACCCAGUAACAUGUGGGAGCACAUUGCCACGUUCAACGCCUUAGGCUACGUCCAGGCAUCCAAGCGGGAUAAGAAGUUUGCGACCUGCGCUCCAGACUUCUCCUACGCUUCACUGUGCGAGUGUCUCCGCCGAACAUUCAUCUACCGACAGCCGUCGCCGGUGGAAACCGUCCUCUUCAACAGGAAGCAGGGCCGUCAGGUAGGACAGGUUGCCAAGCAACAGGUGGCCAGCCUGGACUCCGAUAAACCAAUCCUGGGCUUCAGAGCAACCAAUGAGAGACUGUACAUCCUGACCUCCAGUAACCUCUUUGUUUUAAAGGUCAAUAAUAAUUAGAUUUGGGACUCUGUCAUCUCAUCCCCCUCCUCCUCCCUCACAGCAAUCAUUCCAAACUGAAGAUCUGUUAUCUGCUACAACUAAACAAAACUUCCUCCUCAUGUGUACUGAAUGUGUGUGUCCAUGUUUCACCUCCCACAAGGCUUCUGUGUUGCAAAAUGUCUAAGAUAAAAAAGUAAGGAACCAUGUUCUGAAAGACAAAUUAUUAUAAUAACUAAAUAAAAAAACUAGAUCUGAAUGUUUCCAGGAUAUUCAUUAAGAAAUUAAAAAAAUUCUCUGAAUGAUUUUAAUUCAAAAAUUGUCAAGUGAAUCACAUUUGAUGCUACUGGAUGUUUCAUUGAUAUACAUUUCAUAUAUGUGGUGCCCUAUUAAUGCUCACUGCAUUGUUAGACAUUUGUAAUGCCAUGAAUUCCAAUUCAUAAAUACAAUUGUAAACACUGA